CUUCUGUUUUGCAACAUCAUGUGACGAAUGGAUACAAACAAAUCUUGUUUCAAACGUAUCUUGUUUUUGUUUUAAUAUGAAAUUACAUAAUUAAACAAAAUUUUUCUGUGGAAGAAAAUCCAAGCAUAGGAGCCCUAGAAGCCAGCCGCAGACAAACAAAAACCACCGUAAACAUGAAAGACAACGAAAGUAGAGGGACUAAAGCCAUAACUUUACCGAGGAAUAUUCAGCAGGGCACACCAAAAGCCUUUCAUGAUGAUCAACCAUUGCAGUUGCAUGUGUCAAGUCCAUGUAUAUUAAUCGUGUUUGGGUCUGUCUAAAUUACACCACAAUAUUUUUUGAGCUUCGUCUCUGCUCCAGCUCUCUAAUCGUAAUCAGAUUCUGAUGUCUAGCCUUGGAUCAUUACAUAUUUAAGAUCCGCUACACAAGAAAAUAUGGACAUCAAAGAGAAUAUCCUGAUGGAAAGAUACGAGUUAGGGCGAUUGCUUGGUCAAGGCACGUUCGCUAAGGUUUACUUCGCGCGCAAUUUAACAACGGGCCAAAGCGUUGCAAUUAAGGUAAUAGACAAAGAGAAGGUGAUACACGUCGGGCUUGUUAACCAAAUCAAGAGAGAAAUAUCUAUUAUGAAACUAGUGAGACACCCUAACAUCUUACAACUUUAUGAAGUCAUGGCUACCAAAACAAAAAUAUAUUUUGCAUUAGAGUACGCAAAAGGGGGUGAGCUUUUCGAUAAGGUGGCGAAUGGAAAGCUAAAAGAGCAAACGGCGCGUAGAUAUUUUCAUCAGUUAAUCGAUGCUGUAGAUUUUUGCCAUAGCAGAGGGGUCUAUCAUCGCGAUUUAAAACCAGAAAACUUGUUACUAGACGAGAAUGAGGAUUUAAAAGUUUCUGAUUUUGGGUUAAGUGCGCUUGCUGAAUCUAAGCGUGAAGAUGGGUUGUUACACACCGCGUGUGGGACCCCUGCUUACGUGGCACCGGAAGUGAUUACUCGAAGAGGGUAUGAUGGGGAUAAAGCGGAUGUUUGGUCUUGUGGGGUGAUCUUGUUUGUUUUAUUGGCCGGUUAUCUUCCAUUUCAUGAUUCAAAUUUAGUGGAAAUGUAUAGAAAGAUCGGGAAAUCAGAGUUUAGAUUUCCAAGUUGGUUACAAGCUGACGUAAGGAAGUUGAUCUCGCGAAUCUUGGAUCCAAAUCCGGUAAACAGAAUCACAAUUCCGAAAAUUAAGGAAAAUGCGUGGUUUAAAAUGGGAAAAUGUUCGAAAGAGGAAAAUGCGGACAAGGCCUCAGGAUCUGGCACAAUCACAAAUGUUGCUGAAGAUCAAGAUUCGAUGAACCCUCCGAAUAUGAAUGCAUUUGAUAUUAUUAUUCUAUCUCCGGGGUAUAAUUUGACGACAUUGUUUGAAGAACAUGUACAAAAGAAAGAAGCAAGAUUUGCCAUUUGGCAGCCUGCUUCGGCUAUUCGAUCUAAACUAGAAGAAAUUGGUAAAUGUUUGGGGAUGAAAGUGAGCAAAAGAGAAGCAGGGUUGUUGAAACUGGACGCGACAACCAAGGGUAAAAAGGGAAUUUUGUCAAUUGAUGCGGAGAUUUUUGAGUUAGCUCCAUCUUUACAUAUGGUUGAGGUGAAGAAAUGUUAUGGAGAUACAUUGGAAUAUCAGAAGGUGUUAGAUGAACGUUUAAGACCUGCACUUCAAGAUGUUAGUUGGAAUAUGCAAGGUGUUGAGCAAGAUCAACGAGUACAACCGGAGCAACAUGAGGUACUACAACAUCCGUAGCAGAAGCAGGAUCGGUUUUCUUGAUUUUUUUCCAUUGCAUUUACUUUCGGCUAUCUGAUAUCUUUCGUUAGCCAAAAAUUUAAAAUAUAGUUAUUUCGACCCAUAUAUAUAUA